CCACAAAACACCCCCGCCGCGUGCUUCAUUGCUUCUUCUAACCCCCUCCCUCAUUUAUACCGCCCGGGCACCCCCUCAUGGUUUACUUGCUGCCGUCGUAGACGCUCCGUUUCCCCGUACAGCAGUCGGCCAAACACGCCCUCCUACCACCGCCUCCCUCACACAUCGCGCGACACCCCCGAACCUCUCCGCCCGCCCGCAAUCAUGGCCAACAGCUUCCGAAACUCCAAUCCGCCGACGCGGAGGCCAAACAGCAAGGAUAAGGAUGAUGAAAAGGAGGAGAUAUGGAAGCCCAUGCUGGACAACAUCUCCAGUGGGAAGCGACUGCCCGAGAAGAGCCUGCUGGUUUUGGGUGGCACGUCGGUGACACAGCGGGAAUUCCUGGAAUCGCUAUCGACGGAUCCUACCAACAAUCGCAGACCUCCCGAUCGCGGUCGAAAGCCCCCCAUUGCCAACCAGUUCGCCCUGGGAUAUACCUAUCAAGAUGUACUUGACACCGAUCAUGAAGAUACCCUCGCUCGCCUGUCCCUACACCUCCUAUCCAACCCUUCGCUGUCAUUCACCCCCUUGAUCCGACCCUAUCUGAACCCACGCACCUUGCCCCACAUGCUGGUAGUCAUACUUCUUGAUUGGAAUCACCCUUGGCUCUGGAUAAGGCAACUUCGCGAUUGGAUACGUGUCCUGCGCUCGCUCAUUUUGUCGCUCGACGAUGCGUCCAAGGAAGUGCUAGAGGAAAAUAUCAAUACACUGCAAGACAAAGGCCGGAGCAUGGGUGGAGAAGGAAACCCCGCCAUGGAAAACGUCAAGGUUCCCUUAGGCCCGGGGGAGUGGGAUGAGCCGCUGGGCAUACCACUCUGCGUCGUCUGUCAAAACGCCGAUAAGAUUGAGUCCUUGGAGCGGGAACGAGGCUGGAAAGAGGAGGAGUUCGAUUUCAUUUUGCAGUAUCUCCGUACCAUACUACUCAAACACGGCUCUAGUUUAGUCUACACUAUGCCUACGGCACCGGGGUCAUUGCGGUCGCUGGUUCACUCCACUCUGGGAAUCAAAAGCCUCACAAAGCAAGAGAAGCUCAAACACAACGUCACGGAUCGCGACCGCGUGCUGGUACCUCCAAACUGGGAUUCGUGGGCAAAAAUACGUAUCUUGAGAGAAGGUUUCGACGUGGAAGGUGUGAGCGAGAAAUGGUCCGUGGACAUAGACCCUCCACGCCACAUGAGACCGGCAGCCGAUGGACAAGCCUCUGCCGGUGCAGAAGAACAGACGAAUGGCACUGCGCAACACGAAGAAGAGGAAGUGGAUUCCACUGCUACUUCCAUCUACGAAGAGACUAUACGCAAUCCCGAGUCCGAGUUCAAACUCACCAGAUUGCACUCGAGGCAGGCCAACGGUUUGGAGGUGGCCAGUCAGGAUGCACAAGAAUUUCUCAGUGAGCAAGUGGCAAUCUUGGAAACUUUACGCCGCGAAGACGAUCAAGAAGCAAAGGUCAAAGCCGCGCAGAAGGCACCGGAACCAAUUUUCCGGGCUCGCACAGAUGAUUCUUCCGGUGUGGUGGAAGAGCACAUCGGCCCAGUGCAGUUCAACAUGGGAGGCAUCCAGGUCAACGCUGACGAGAUGGUCAAACGAUUACAGGAUCGCGAGGCUGGAAGAGCGAACGAACCAGAAACACCUUCGGCGGAGCCAACUAACCCCGAUCCCAAAGAGAUGGAUAAUGAAAAACUUAUGUCGUUCUUCUCUGGCUUGAUUAGAAAAGACGCUGCUAAAUAGCGACACUUCUAUGCCUAAUU